AUGUCUGGACUCAGAGAGUCGGCUUUCCUGCCGACGAUCAAGUGUUCGUCAUGUGGCCUACAAGUCGAAAUCUCCCUGAUGGGAGAACACGUGUGUCCGUCGGUCGAGCUUGGAUAUCUAGUAUCGCCGCCUCCUGAUAGCAACGACAAGUUUGUAGAGCCGCCCCCCAGAUCCGCCGAUCGAUUGCCUGGCCCGGUCGAUAUAGGCGCAGCAAAUAAAAUGUAUAUGGCUCCAGGACCGCUGACCCCAGUGAGCCAACCUGGAGGCUCGCGCAGCGCCUCACCGAUGACGCCGUACAGACCAUCUUUUGCCGACCAGGCAAGAGAUUUUUUCUCAUUUAGCGCUGCUAAAGCAGACGAGCCAGUUCAGAUACCCGAAAAACAGUCCGACGCGAAUGGCCAUCGCAGCUCUAAAAGCAUGGCCGCAUUGACGUCCACACCCGCCUCCACCAAACCUCUCGGGUUCAUGGAGCGCAUGAAUACCAUUGCUCCCGGCCCCUUUGAUGCCAGCCAGCGGCCUUCCACUUCCCACGGAGCCUUUCCAGCAAAGAAGGAGUCGCUCUCCAGGUUUGGUUUACCUGUUUCAGAGGAGCCUGGUCGACUCAGUGAGAGACCGGGAACAAGCAGUUCCAGUUUGUCAUCUGGAAGCAGCAACAACAUACCAUCAACCCCGAAGCAGCCCCAGAAGAAUGGAUACGAAGGAUUCGGCCCACCGUCGGGGCGCACGCUGGACCCGAAUGGCAUGGCACCGCCCAUGAGGGCUGAAACUUUCCCAAGGCCGUCUCCUGGUGUAGGAGAAACCCCCCGGCGUCCAUCUUACUCGAGUCCGCGGUCCCGAUUGCCUUCCAUGGGAGCCGAGGGGGAACGACGACCCUCUUUGGCUCCCGAUACGUCGAGACGUCCACCGCCUCGCAAAAGUCUUAUUCCCUCUCAUUUGCCGACGGCCUCUCUCAACUUGGCCGAGGAGUUUGGUGUUAGCAACCCAUAUCAUACGUCGUCGGACUCUGCGUCUUCAGGCUACUCUACGUUUAGCAACCAUAGCCAGAACACCGCGCAAACAAGCCCCCCGAGAUCUGAGGCGCGGAACAGCAUACCGGACGCACUUAGGGUAAGGUCACAGGAGAAACCGCGGCCUGCGGAUCUUCGGCUUGACCCGGCAGCCGAAAUACCUCUUCCUGCUCGAUCCCCGGUACCGCGAUCGCCGUAUCUCAUUCCAGAGGGAGAAGAAGAAGAGCGCGAUGACCCGGCAAUCCAGCCUGGUCUCGGCCAGUCAUUCAAACCCUACAGGGCAUUUAGCCCAGCCAUGAACUCGAAUCCUACCCGACCGCCGCCGCCAGAGGCAGAAGCAUCUCCAAAGCAACCUUCUCCCAGACAGGAAUCUCCAAAGCAGCCUUCUCCCAGGCAAUCUCCUCCGAGACAAUCCCAGCCUGCACCGCCAGUAUCCCCUCCAAGACAGUCGCCCUUAAGACAAUCUCAGCCUACACCGCGUGAAUCCCCCCGAAAGGCAUCUAGAGACCUAAAGGCAUCCAAGGAUCUCAAGCUUCCAUCUCGCGGUGACUGCAAAGCCUGCGGAGAACCCAUUACCGGAAAAAGUGUUUCGUCUGCCGAUGGGCGAUUGACUGGAAGAUAUCACAAGGCCUGCUUUGUGUGCGCCACGUGCUCGAACCCAUUCACCUCGGCAGAAUUUUACGUUUUGAAUGACAAGCCAUAUUGCGAGCAGCACUACCACAAGCUCAACGGCAGUCUGUGUGGAACUUGUGGGCGCGGUAUCGAGGGUCAAUUCGUCGAGGACGAAUCUCGUGUCAAGCACCACAUUGACUGUUUCUGCUGCUUGGACUGUGGCCGACCACUUUCGGACGGCUACUUUGAGGUUGACGGUAGAGCUUACUGUGAACAAGAUGCCUUGAGGAGGACCCAGCCGCCGCCCCCUGCUCCAUAUCCCCAAGGACCCAGGAGAGGCGGCUACGGAGGCCCGGGCCCCCGACCAUACGGCCCUCCACCUGGACGUAUGGGUCCAGGAGGUCCGGGACCUCGACCAGGUUACGGUCCUGGACCUGGCUUGCCCAGAGGACCAGGCCCCUACGGUGGACCUCCACCCGGCCGCCUCGGACCCGGCAUGGGACCUGGCAUGAGACCUGGCCCGGGUCCACUACCCAAGAUGAACAAGAGGAUGACGAGACUGGGCAUGAUGUAA